GGUGUGAACGGCAAGCUCAUUGAGGGCCUGGGUGGGCCGGACAGUGGGGACUACGGACGGUGACGAUGGCCGCGGUAGCGGGCGGCGGUGGGCCGGGGACGGCGGCUGGCGGCGCGGGUGUUGGGGGGACGGCGACCGCUGCAGUUCUGGCCGUUUAUCGGCGGAAGGACGGGGGCCCAGUCAGCAAGUUUUGGGAGAGCCCGGAGACGGUGUCCCAGUUGGAUUCGGUGCGCGUCUGGCUGGGCAAGCACUACAAGAAGUAUGUUCACGCAGAUGCUCCUACCAAUAAAACUUUGACUGGGCUGGUAGUACAGCUUCUUCAGUUCCAGGAAGAUGCCUUUGGGAAGCACGUCACCAACCCAGCCUUCACCAAACUCCCUGCAAAAUGCUUCAUGGAUUUCAAAGCUGGGGGUACCUUGUGUCACAUUCUUGGGGCUGCUUACAAGUAUAAGAAUGAACAGGGAUGGCGGAGGUUUGACCUACAGAAUCCAUCCCGAAUGGAUCGUAAUGUUGAAAUGUUUAUGAAUAUUGAAAAAACAUUGGUGCAGAACAAUUGUCUGAUCAGACCCAACAUCUACCUCAUCCCAGAUAUUGACUUGAAGUUGGCUAACAAAUUGAAAGAUAUCAUCAAACGACAUCAGGGGACAUUUACUGAUGAGAAGUCAAAAGCUUCCCAUCACAUUUAUCCAUAUCCUUCCUCACAAGAUGAUGAAGAGUGGUUGAGACCGGUGAUGAGAAAAGACAAGCAAGUGUUAGUACAUUGGGGGUUUUACCCAGACAGCUAUGAUACUUGGGUCCACAGCAGUGAUGUUGAUGCUGAAAUUGAAGAGCCACCAAUUCCAGAAAAACCAUGGAAGGUUCAUGCUAAGUGGAUUUUGGACACUGAUGUUUUCAAUGAAUGGAUGAAUGAGGAAGAUUAUGAGGUGGAUGAAAACAGGAAACCUGUGAGUUUCCGUCAACGAAUUUCAACAAAGAAUGAAGAGCCAGUCCGAAGUCCAGAAAGAAGAGAUAGAAAAGCAGCAGCUAAUGCUCGAAAGAGGAAACAUUCACCUUCCCCUCCCCCUCCCACACCUGCAGAAUCACGGAAGAAGAGUGGGAAAAAAGGCCAAACUAGUCUUUAUGGGAAGCGCAGAAGUCAGAAAGAAGAAGAUGAGCAAGAAGAUCUUACCAAGGACAUGGAAGACCCAACACCUGUACCCAACAUAGAGGAAGUGGUACUACCCAAAAACGUAAACCCAAAGAAAGAUAGCGAAAAUACACCUGUUAAAGGAGGAACUGUAGCAGAUCUAGAUGAACAGGAUGAGGAAACAAUCACAACUGGAGGAAAGGAAGAUGAAGAUCCUAGCAAAGGUGAUCAGAGUCGGUCAAUCGACCCUGGUGAAGAUAAUGUAACAGAGCAGACCAAUCACAUUAUUAUUCCUAGCUAUGCAUCCUGGUUUGAUUAUAACUGUAUUCAUGUGAUUGAACGGCGUGCUCUUCCUGAGUUUUUUAAUGGAAAAAACAAAUCCAAGACUCCAGAAAUAUACUUGGCAUAUCGAAAUUUUAUGAUUGACACAUAUCGUCUGAAUCCCCAAGAGUAUUUAACCAGCACUGCUUGUCGGAGGAACUUGACAGGAGAUGUGUGUGCUGUGAUGAGGGUUCAUGCCUUUUUAGAGCAAUGGGGGCUUGUUAAUUACCAAGUGGAUCCAGAAAGUCGACCCAUGGCAAUGGGACCUCCUCCUACUCCUCAUUUUAAUGUAUUAGCGGAUACCCCCUCUGGGCUUGUACCUCUCCAUCUUCGAUCACCUCAGGUCCCUGCUGCUCAUCAGAUGUUAAAUUUUCCUGAGAAGAACAAGGAAAAACCAACUGAUUUGCAGAACUUUGGCCUCCGCACUGACAUUUACUCCAAGAAAACCUUAGCAAAGAGUAAAGGUGCUAGUGCUGGAAGAGAGUGGACUGAACAGGAGACACUUCUCCUCCUGGAGGCCCUGGAGAUGUACAAGGAUGAUUGGAACAAAGUGUCAGAACAUGUUGGAAGUCGUACCCAAGAUGAGUGCAUCCUCCACUUUUUGAGGCUUCCCAUUGAGGACCCGUACCUUGAGAAUUCAGAUGCUUCCCUUGGGCCUCUAGCCUACCAGCCUGUCCCUUUCAGUCAGUCAGGAAACCCAGUCAUGAGCACUGUUGCUUUCUUGGCAUCUGUGGUGGACCCACGUGUGGCAUCUGCUGCAGCGAAAGCAGCUUUGGAGGAGUUUUCUCGGGUCCGGGAGGAGGUACCUCUGGAAUUGGUUGAAGCGCAUGUCAAAAAAGUACAAGAUGCAGCACGAGCUUCUGGGAAAGUGGAUCCCACCUAUGGCCUGGAGAGCAGCUGUAUUGCAGGCACAGGGCCCGAUGUACCAGAGAAGCUCGAAGUUGCUGAAGAGGAAAAAAUGGAAACAGACACUGAUGGUCAGCAGCAUGAGAAGGCAGAAAAUAAAGGUGAAAAUGAAAUGGAGGAAGGUGAUAAAGAACAAGAUGGAGAAAAUGAAAAAAACAGUGAGAAGGAACAGGAUAGUGAAGUUAGUGAGGAUAUUAAAUCAGAAGAAAAAGAGGCUGAAGAAAACAAGGAACUCACUGAUACAUGUAAAGAAAGAGAAAGUGAUAUUGGAAAGAAGAAAGUAGAACAUGAAAUUUCUGAAGGAAAUGUGGCCACAGCUGCAGCAGCUGCCCUUGCCUCAGCUGCAACUAAAGCCAAGCACUUGGCUGCCGUGGAAGAAAGAAAAAUCAAGUCCCUGGUAGCUCUCCUGGUUGAGACCCAAAUGAAGAAACUGGAGAUCAAACUUCGACACUUUGAGGAGUUGGAAACGAUCAUGGACAGAGAGAAAGAGGCUCUAGAACAGCAGAGGCAGCAGUUACUUACCGAACGCCAGAACUUCCACAUGGAACAGCUGAAAUAUGCUGAAUUACGAGCCCGACAGCAAAUGGAACAGCAGCAACAUGGGCAGAACCCUCAGCAGUCACACCAGCACUCAGGAGGACCUGGUCUGGCCCCACUUGGUGCAGCCGGACACCCCAGCAUGAUGCCUCAUCAGCAGCCCCCUCCCUACCCUCUGAUGCACCACCAGAUGCCACCCCCUCAUCCACCCCAGCCAGGUCAGAUACCAGGCCCAGGUUCCAUGAUGUCUGGGCAGCCCAUGCCAGGCCGCAUGAUUCCCACCAUUGCAGCCAACAUCCACCCCUCUGGGACUGGCCCUACCCCUCCUGGUAUGCCUCCAAUGCCAGGAAGCAUCUUAGGACCCCGGGUACCCCUCACAGCACCUAAUGGCAUGUAUCCCCCUCCACCGCAGCAGCAGCCGCCGCCACCGCCACCCACAGAUGGGGUCCCUCCGCCUCCUGCUUCAGGCCCACCAGCCUUGGCUGCUCCCUAGCCUGGAAGAUGUGGGGAACGUCCAUGCCCAGUGCCACCAUUUGGAGUGGGGAUGAUGAGACUUGUGCCCCCCAUUCCUCUUCCCCUGUUGUGUCAGGUCCUCAGUUGGCAGUCAAAGGAACGCCUGUGGUGACAGUUUGCCCUGGUCAUUUUAAAGUUACUUGCAUCUCCCCUGUCCUGGUGUGGGGAUAGGCUGGCAGUUUAUCUGCAAGUUUGGUCAACAUUAGUAUUCUAUAUCUUUAUGAUUUUUGCUCUCCUGUCUUAUGCUUCUUUGGAUAAUGCUUUACAAUCAUUCUCUCUCUCUCUCUCUCUCUCUCUCUCUCUCUUUUUCUUUUUUUUUUUUUUUUUUCUUUUUCCUGUUGUUGCUGUUUUAAAGGAGAGCAUCCUAAGUUAAUAGGAACCAAAAAGUGGUGAUGGGCAAAAGGGGAUAGUCACGGAGGAAAAACCUUUAAGGCAUUAUAAGUGACCUUAUUUCUGCUUAUCUGAGCUCAGAAUGGUGCUGAUGGUGAAGUCUUAUGAGACUUCUGCCACACAUAGAUGCACCAAAAUUAAAAGAAAUGGGAAAGGGGGCCCCAUUGAUUCUAUUCCCUAUUAAGGACUGUGAAGGCCUCCACCCUGCCAGGCAGAACAUACCACUUUAGUAUGUGGUUGGGGAAAGCACAAGCAUUAGAACAAAUCCACACUUUCCCCAGGUCCUCCAGUUUUGGUCUUCUAUGCAGAUGCUUUGUCGGAUUUGGGGUGGGUGUUUUGUUUUCCUGAAAACAGUAUGAGCUUUGAGGGUUGGGAUUUGGGGAGGCAUCCCUUGGUCCCCCUAGAGUAGCCAGGAAAGUUUUAGGGGGUUAGGGAAAUGACCACCCAAUGAAUCUAGCUACUAUUCACUGUUUUGUAUGCAUUCUUUUGUCUCCCUCUUUACAAAACCCUUAAAAUGGAAAAUAAUAAUAAUAAGUAGAUAGUGUUAAACAUUUUAGCUUAUGGAACUUGGUUAGCAUGGCUUGGGGUGCAAGUCCCUAAACUACCUCUUGCAGUAGCCAGGGUGAGCAGAAUUUAGUGAAGCGGUACUUUAAGUUUGGGGUGGGAUUGGAGAAGUGGGGCAGGACCAACAGCUUCUGGUACCUUCUCCCUUCCCUUUCUGUAAUCUCACAUUCCAACAAUCACAAGGUUUAAGGACAUGCUGGGGGUACCAAGGAACUCAUUGGCAUUCAGAGCAUCAUGCCUUGAGGUUUGGAGUGCUAGGGCUGGAGAGUGGAAUGUUAUUCCAGAAAAAGAGCCACAAAGAUGCCUUAAUUUGAGCCCAUUUCUAGCCCUGCUGUUAAGUGGCUUGAGAGUUCUUGGUUUUCUCUUCUUGUCCUUCUCUCUUCUCUCUCUUUCCAUGGGUGGGGAGAAGGUAUUUUUGGUAGAGCUUUCUUUCCAAAGCAUCUGGCCUAUUCACUUCACAUUCUCAAGUGGCAGUUUCAUUAUUUAGAAUGCAAGGUGGAACAUCUUUUGGAAUUUUUUUUCUAUACUAUAAAGCUUUACUUAUGAGAAGGUGUAGGGAGGUGUUUUUAAACACCUUAGAACUUUUUUCCUUAAUAUCAGAAAGCAAAAAAACAAAACCACAAUUGAGAUUUGCCUUUCAAACCCUCAGGUGUUGCCUCUAACCAGGUGGUCCUGGUCACACCAUCAGAGUACUGGGAACCAAGCAGACCUUGUUCCUUUUGUGUGUGUGUGUUCUGGACUCCUGGAGUGGACAUGAUCUUGUCCCUACUGGAGUUUAGGUCCAGUGCAGUUGCCUCCAGUGAGACCCCAGUGCCUUUUGAGAAUGGCCAGGGUUUUCCUUACUUCUUGCCAGUCUGUCCCAAAGGAAACUCAUUCCAAAUACCUUUCCCCUGGGGUUUUAGAAGAAAAAUGGAAUUCUGGUUCAUACUGUGGUCCCUUGUAACCUCAGGUUUUUAAUGUGAUCGCUUUCAAACUUAAAAAGAUCCAGGUGGAAAUAUUUUUACUAUGCUGGUAAUAAUCUUAACAGAAUAUCUGAAUUCUUAACAUUGUUAUGUUUAAGUGGUGACUAUUUCUUUUCAUAUCUGUCAUCUGGUUUCAUUCCUGUAAUACAGCCACCCAAUUUUCUGAGGGGAGGGGGUGGAGAAUAAUACAUGGUUUUUGUACAAAUACA